AUGGGUCUUAUUACUGAGACGAGAAAGGCUAUUAAGGAUGCUCCGAAGGGCAUGUUCAAUGCUUAUGUGUUGAUGUGUACGUGUGUGUUUGCGUUUGCUGGUGUGGCUAAGGGGUUUGAUGAAGGAAAUAUUGCAUCGCUUGUUACGCAGCCACAUUUUAAGGCAAAGUUUGGGAUUGAUCAUUUGUCAGAAGAUGAUUAUGCGAAUACGAAAGGAUGGAUUGUCUCUAUUACUACUGCUGGUGCUGUUUUUGGUUGUCUUGGGUGCCCUCGAAUCAACGAUCGAUUCGGACGACGAUGGACCUUUCGUCUCUCGACACUCAUCUAUAUUGCAGGAAUUCUUGGGCAAGGUCUAUGCAAUGGGAACCUGUCAGGGCUUUAUGCUUCGAGGUUUAUCGCGGGGUUGGGAUUGGGCGUGCUUACGAUUGUGCCACCUAUAUAUAUUUCGGAGAUCGCACCCAAAACGAUUAGGGGUCUUCUUACACUGCAGCACGCUGCUUGUCAACAGCUCGGCGUUGUAUUCGGCUUCUUCAUCAACUACGGCGUGACAAAAAGCUACCCUGGCGGUGAUAAACAGUGGAUGCUCCCUACACUGUUACAACUCCUCCCGGCCACCAUAUGGCUUGUUGGAUCCUUCCUCUGCUGCGAAUCACCUCGAUGGCUACUCUAUAAAGGCAAACGACACGAAGCUGCUACCAACCUUGUCAAACUCCGCCACCUACCCCUCGACCACCCCAUCAUAGUAGCCGAGCUAGCAGGCAUGGACGCCCAACUCCUCCUAGAAACCGAAUCAGUCGGCGAAGCCACAAUAUGGGAGCUCCUAAAAGAGACACUCAUCCCAAUUGAGAACCGACGUCGUUUCCUCCUCAUCUUCAUGGCAAACCUCCUGUCCCAAUGGUCCGGAGCCAACGCCAUCACGCAAUACUCGCCCACGAUCUUCGGCUACCUGGGCAUAUCCGGGGACGAGUCGACCUUCCUAGCGACAGGUAUCUACGGCGUGGUAAAAUUUGCCAGUACUCUCGCGUUUGCCCUGUUCAUUGUUGACUUCAUCGGUCGUCGUCGAUCACUGAUUACAGGCAUCUCCCUACAAAUAGUCACAUUAGUGUACGUGGGAGCCUACCUCGGCGCCACGAAGGACAUGACCUCAGCCCAAAUUAGCAAUACACCCAGUGCCUCGCAUGCAUCAACCGCAGCGAUAGUGGCUAUUUACAUCCACGCCGUGGCGUGGAGUAUUGGGUGGUUCGGGAUUCCGUAUCUUAUCGGGUCGGAGAUUUUCCCGAUUAGGAUCCGGUCAUUGAAUGUGUCCAUUUCGAUGGCUUUCCACUGGGCGUUCUAUUUUGGGUGUUCGAGGGCUAUGCCUAGUUUGCUGGCUGCUACGCAUCGCUGGGGUGCGUUUCUGUUCUUUGGUUGUAUCUGUGUGAUUGGGCUGGUGUAUGUGUUUUUUGCUAUGCCGGAUACGACUGGACGGUCGCUGGAGGCGUUGGAUAGUCUGUUUCAGCGGCCUUGGUAUACGGUGUAUCGGGUGGCUUAUCCGUCUAGUGAGGCUGUUCGGGUGGAGAGAGAGGAUGCAAAGUUGGGGGUGGAACAUGUUGAGAGAGCGUGA